ACUAAUACUAUGGACAAGCCAGUUGAUGUCAUUACACGUUCCUUGCGUGGUGUAUUGUCACCUGUGGCAGCUAAUUUGCCGAAGUUAAUGUCGUUGUCCCGAUCGGUUCAACGUGCUCGGAACAAUAACUCUACCAACGAUCAUGCUAUCAAUCCAUUAACUCGUGGUGAACUUGUUCUGGAAGACGAUUGGAAGUACACUCAUAACGGUGAUUUGUUCCUGUUGCAUGACAGCGGUAGCGAUAAGAAACGUAUUGUAGUGUUCACGACACAAAAAAGUUUGAAUUUUUUAACGUCAUGUUCGCAAUGGUUGAGUGAUGGUACCUUUCGUACUGCACCGGCCAUUUUUACUCGGAUUUAUGUAAUUCAUGGCUUGAAAAAUGGAAAAACACUGCCUUUAGUGUAUUUACUUGCUCCAAAUAAAACAAAAAAUAUGUAUAUUCAGUUUCUGAAACUUUUGCGUGGCAGCAUGCCUAAUUAUAAGCCUAAGCGUCUGAUGGUCGAUAUGAACCAGGUUUUUUGGAAGCUUUUAAACAAGUCUACCCUGAAGUUCAAAUUAACGGAUGUAACUUCCACUUUACAAAAUGCAUUUGGAAGCACGUGCAACAAUAUGGACAUCAAAGUAAAUAUAACACUGACAUAAAGUUUUCAAUGAACGUUCGAUUAUUGAUGGCUUUGGCAUUCGUACCUCCUCAAGAUGUCACUUCUGCAUUUGAAGAAAUAGUAUCAUCUGAUUAUUAUGACAGACACAGUGAUCUUUUUGAUGAAUUACUAAAUUACUUUGAGUUAACAUGGGUUAGUAAAGUUAAGCAUAACAAAAACAAGCGUGAGAAACCAAUGUUUCCCAUCAAGAUGUGGAAUUGUUAUUCUGCUGUUAUGAAUGACUUUCUUCGGUCUAAUAAUCCAUCGGAAGGAUGGAACUCUGGUUUCAAUAAUAGAGUCGAACAU